AUGUCAUCGACUAAGUUUUUGAAACCACUCUGCAGAAUAAGGGCUUUUCAUACUUCAAUUGCCAGAUCCUUUACCAUUCCUUUUCUGCCAAAGAUUCCACAGAAACCUGGAGGUGUGAGUGGGACCGCAAAUGAUUCCUCUUAUAUGCCGCCCGAAAGCAGAGCUCAGGGUUCGUACCAUUGGAUUGUCGAGCGCGGACUGUCCUUAGCGGUUCUUCCGCUGAUCGCAGUUCCCUUGGUCACUACAGGCCCUAUUUCCACUUUUACCGACACAUUUCUUUCCUUGGUCCUGCUAGGUCAUUGUCAUAUCGGAUUUCAGUCUUGCAUUAUAGACUAUAUUUCUGAAAGAGUCUAUGGAAAGGUACAUCAUUACGCGAUGUAUUUAUUGAGCUUGGGCUCCUUUUUAUCGUUCGUCGGUAUAUAUAAAUUAGAGAGUCAAGAAGCUGGUCUUAUUGCCUCUUUAAAAUCAUUAUGGGAUAACAAACCUGUGGAAAAAAAGAGGCAGUAA